CGGUCAAGCUCUUGUGUUUUAUUUAUGUAGGUGAGGUCGGAAAAACCUUUAACAUGUCAAAAACUAGCACGAUACCCGGAUUAGCUUAUCUGCCGGCGAGAGAAAAUCCGUUGAAAACCGCGGCGGGCUUUCUCGAGGCUAGAAGAAAAGUCGACGGUGCGGAAGGUCUGUGGAGAAUAGGAAACAAACUUUACGACUUGGAGACCUUCGUGAAAUCGCAUCCGGGUGGAUCUGAAUGGAUUCGGCUCACGAAAGGAACCGACAUCACUGAGUUGUUUGAGAGCCACCACAUCACCGACAAGGCUGAACGGCUUCUGCCAAAAUUCUACGCCCGCGAAGCCGCGACACCGCGGUCGGUGCCCUUGACCUUCUUGCCGGACGGCUUCUAUCGUACAUUCAAGAGACGCGCGGUCGAGGCUUUGAAGAACGUCGACUUUCAUAAACCGUCCACGACGACGAAUCUUAUCAUGGAUUUCUUGACGACCGCGACUUUUGCGCUAAGUCUCACCGCCGCCCUCGUCCACUCUUAUCUGAUUACUGUCCUUGCUAACGUUUUUUUGACAUGGACCACUGUCGCGACACACAACUAUUUCCACAUGCGAGACAAUUUUCGUAUGUAUUACUUUGAUCUCAGUAUGGUAUCAUCGAAAAAUUGGCGCAUCACGCACGUAAUGAGCCACCACAUGUACACCAACACCAUGUGGGAUUAUGAGAUGUACGUGGUCGAGCCGUUUCUGCAGUGGAUGCCUCGGAAGGAUAAGUCCUACUUAGCGGGAAUGAUAAGCAAGAUUAUCAGUCCCAUAGUCUGGAUAUUGCUGUUCGUUACCGAAGGCUUGAAAAGAUACUACUUAGUGUACAAGGAGUACGGAGUCUUCGAAUUUCGCGAUUUCGUGCCGCUCUUGCUACCAAUAUCGAUGUGUUUUAUGGCACCCAAGAUUCUUAUUGCCCUUAAAUUGUGGCUGAUAAUGCUGCUGAUUAGUAGCGCUCUAUUCGGCUUGAUCGCCUUCAACGCAGCCCAUCAUCAUCCCGACAUCUUCCACGACGGCGAUAUUUACAGGAAUGACAUGGACUGGGGCCUGCUCGAAAUGGACGCGGUGCGCGAUCGCGAGGUGAUCGACGACUCGCUCAUCCUGGCGCUCACGAACUUCGGCUCGCACUCGUUGCACCAUCUGCUACCCAUCGUGGACCGUCACUACCUGGAAUUAUGCGUGCCCGCCUUCCUGCAGACGUGCGAGGAAUUCCACGUCAGCUCGGACAAGUGGUCGCAGUGGGAGCUUCUGAAGGGGCAAUUCAGGCAGCUCACGCGAACUGACGUGAAGAAGAACCAGCGAUAGCGCUCGAUACGAAACGGCGUAUCCGAUCGCGGAUUGAAUUGUUAUUCGCAUUAAAUUUCUUACGCGUCAAUCUGUGACGUAGGCAUAAGCACCUCGGGCGAAUGGCGAUGAGAUAUAAUAAACGAGAUAAAUAAAGAAACUUAUUAAAUUACACGCGUUUGUUGAAAUAAGUUUUAAGGGUUGAACUGAAAAUCGAAUCUGGACAUAUGUAAAGUGGACAAAUAAAUUGACAAUCAUCAUUCUAUAUCACUUCGAGGAAACGAGAAAUUUCACGGGGUUAUCAGUUAUCACCAAUGCGAAAUACUUGCACCGUUAAAGCUGAAAAUUAGUUUCCGCACAAAUAUUUCACAUGACUGCGUUAUAUUGUAUGUACAAUAAAUUGAUCUAACAAUUGAA